UCUAAAAUGGUGGCGUUUGGUCGUGGAAACUGCCGGUUGUUGUUUUAAGACCUGUAAUAUCACAACUUAGUCGCCGGGCUCUAAACUACAGGGAUCUUUGUUAUCGUUUGCGUGGCUUGUAACAAAAAAAGAGGUCUGUGAUGGCAAAGCGGAUUGCUGAGAAAGAGCUCACUGACAGGAACUGGGAUCAGGAAGAUGAAGGAGAAGAGUAUCAGCCAGAGGAGGCUGUCCUCCAGGAGAGUAUUUAAUUAAAUUUUUUAAAUUUUAUUUUUAUACCACACCGUGGUAUCGACUUUGGUAUCGAGUAUCGUGUACUUUUGGUGGUAUCGGUACCGACUACUAGAUUUUUGGUAUCGUGACAUCCCUAGUCUACUGUGGUAAAAACCUUUGCAAUUGCAAUGUUGGACUUCAAAAAUGUUAACGCUGGCAGAUAAACAUACUGACAGUUAUGGAAAAUAAUCUAAUUUUUUACUAUUUUCUUUGCAGCUGCAUUGCGCAUUGCAGACUGUCCCUCAUUUUCAUGCUUGCUUGAUACCAAUCAGAGCAAACCUUGGGGUAGAAACAGUCAUGAUAGCUUCAGAGCAGCCACCAGUAAAAACACAGAGGAGGUAGUGCUAGUGCUGUGAACAGAAGAGAAACCAGACGGAUUCACUGCUAACUGAACAGCCUGCUGCUGUUUAAUCUCUCUGCAUACUUUUAUGUAAUAUGUUUAACAUGUCAGCACUGACCAAGUCAAAUUCCUCUUAUGUGGAAAUAGUUUUGGUAUUAACAGCAGUUUAUGAACAUCUUUUCUCUAAUUAUCAUCAUAUUAUUUUUCCCCAUAUAGAGUGGCGCAGGGAUGAUGUCAUUUUGUACCGAAACCCAGAAGUUAGCAUCACACCGGUUCCCUCGACAAAAACCCAUUAGGAUUUUCACAUAGGCUUUUGGAUUAUUGCAAAAAAAUAAGCUCUGUGAUUAACAAAAGUUUACAAUACUAACACGUUUUGUCCGUCGAGAUCAUUUUUUUUUAUAUAAAAGUUUGAAGCCUAAAUACAAUUGCCAGAAAUAAUCAGAUAACCGUAUGCUGUAAACGAACCACACCACGGUCGCUCGACUUCAACGUCACCAUCACCAAGCUUCCCACAACUUUUCCAAACGUGAUUUAAAAACGUUUUCCAUUAUACGAAUUUACUCUGUGGAUGAAUCUUCAUCCACGUUUUUUUUGGGGGGGAAUUGUGCCCAUGUUGCAUUAUUUUUGAGAAAAUUCCAUUUGUUUAUACAUGCAUCUCUUUUGGAUAGUUUUUCUUUGGGGAAUAAAGAAGUUUUCUUUUAGAAACUGGACAAAAAAACUAUUAGUUAGUUAUUCUAGAAUUUAUUGUACUACAAUUCGGAAAACACUACAGUUGGAAAAUAGUAUAAAUUGAUAAACUGACAAAUCUAAUACCUGCGAGAACACGAGGCUGUAAACGCGGGCUUGCGAGAACGGUAUUUUCCUGUUCGGCGUGAUGACGUUUAACGUCCCCGGCAACGUCUGUAGUCCCAUUUAGCAACUUGUUAGCAACCACCUUUUUCAACACAUGUAAAACCUUUUUAAAAAAUCAUGAGUGGGGUAUUACUGGUGUAUUUUAUGUCGUAGAAUAAAACGUGAAAAUAUUUUGAGCUUGCGUUCACCACAGACCUUAUUUCAGGAUUUUAACCAAAACCACAUUCGAAAAACCCAUUGACUUCCGGACCAUGGAACUGGAAGGGCUAAAUGCUAACUCAUUUCCGGGUUUUGGCAUUCAAAAUGACGUCAUCCCUGCGCCACUCUAUUGCCCAGCUCUAUGAGAAGUAUUUUAUUGUGUAACAAAAACAUUUGCAGUAUCCACAUUUAACUCUGUAAUUCUCUCCAAUUCUCUCCAUUAGGCAGGAACGUUUUCAGUUGCAAGUGAGGAAGUGAUGAAAAACCGGGCCAUUAAGAAAGCCAAGCGUCGAAAUCUUGGAGCAGAUGGAGAGAAUGGAGGAGCUUUUAAAAGCUUUAAAGGUUUCUCUCUGACCCCGUCGGCUCCAGCGGCUGGAGGAGCUUUCUCCACAUUUGGAAACGGGGCUGGAUUUAAACCCCUCUCUUCUUUGACCAACGGCAGCACUGCAUCUGUCACCCCGACUUUUGGGGGUUUCAACACCUCUGCCACUGCCAAGUCCAACCCCGGCAUCUCAUCAUCCAAUGGCCCAGCCUCCUCCUCCUCCUCCAUAGAGAGUGGUGACAUCAUGCCCAACGGCUCCGCCCCCAGCCUACCAGCAAUCUCUGGAGGAGGCAGCAGCAGUAAGGAGUACAACCGGCAGCUCACAGCUCUCAACUGCUCUGUGCGUGACUGGAUCACCAAGCAUGUGAAUGACAACCCGCUGUGCGACCUCAACCCCAUCUUUCGCGACUAUGAGCGACACCUGGCCACUAUCGAGAGCAAGUACGGCAGUGGCGCAGCAGCAGUGGGGGAGCAGCAGCCAGGGAAACAGGCAAACACCACCACCAGCACGCCAUCAUCCUCCUCCUCCGGCAGUAAUGUCUCACCAGCCGUUCCUGCUUUGUUCUCCUUCACCAAGAACAAGGACAAUGCUGCUCCUGAGAAAAGCUCUGUUCCUGCAGAUGCUACUUUCAGCUUUGGCCAGAAGGUGGACAGCUCGGUGCUGAGCUCCCUCAAGUCCGCAGGGGCUUCCGGGUUUUCGUUUUCUUCCACCUCGUCCUCCACCACAUCUCUGUUUGGUGCAGCUAGCACCGGCACUUCUACAGGCACCUUCUCUUUCACUGCGGCCAAGAAUGAUGCAGCUAGCAACAACCAGCCAGCAGGUGAGAAUGGAGCCGAUGAAGAAUCGGAGGAGCCGCCAGUACCAGUAGUCAAAGAAAUCAAGGAGAAAGAUGCCUUCUACUCUAAAAAGUGCAAAUUGUUUUAUAAAAAGGAAAGCGAAUUCAAGGAGAAAGGAGUUGGUACCCUGCAUUUGAAACUGGUUUCAGAGGGCAAGCUGCAGCUCCUGGUGCGCGCGGACACAAACCUGGGUAACAUCCUAUUGAAUAUCAUGGUUCAUGCCUCCAUGCCGUGCACACGGACAGGGAAAAACAACGUCAUGGUGGUGUGUGUGCCAAAUCCCCCAGUGGACGACAAGAACCCCAGCACCCCUGUACCAAUGCUGAUCCGUGUUAAAACAGCAGAGGACGCUGAUGAACUACACAAACUUCUGCAGGAGAAGAAAGCGUGAGCUCCUCCUCCCUUUUAUAGACUCCCCCUCUCUCCCCAAUAACGUACGUGUCAUUUAUUGCCUGAAUGUGGUUUGCACGGCUGUAUGACAUCACACACAUCACACACAACUAACUCAUUUUUAUCCUUGUCCAUUUGAGAGGUCUUGACCUGCAUGCCAGCAUACACACUUUGUGAGCAUUGGCAACAAAUCGGUUCAGAUACUGUGAAAUCCUUUGCAUAAAUGCUGGUUGAAUUUGAUGGUUGCGUUUGAAUUUAUACAGUACAUUGUAGUUUCACCCGAAAGUAAAGUAAAGUGAAGAUGCAGGCUGUAAAAAGCCCACGUUCUGAGAAUUCCGUCAGGUUUUCAUUUUGCUGCUAUUAUUAAACAGAUAAGGGUGAAGCCAAGGAACUCUUUUUAUUUUUUAUUUCUUAUUAGUUUUUAAAUUAAUCUAUGAAUGUGUGCAGAUUAAGUAAAUUCAAUUUCAAAUAUGAAUUGGAGUUCAGCUUUGUACUUGGACCUACCUGUUAAUUUAGGGAGGAACUAAAGUGUUUGACUGGCUUAAUGCCUCUUAUUCCCAGAAAGAGAAUUAACUUGUAUUGGAAAUUUAUAAACUACAAAGAAACCUUUAUUUUCUUAAAAUUUGAAGUUUUUUUUUUUUUUUUUGCCAAUUAUUUGAUUGGAGGCAUGCAGGCAACUAGAUGUUAAUGUUUUAGCUUGUUUGAGGCCUGAAUAAAGUAUUUGUUUUUAUGUUUUGCUCAAGGUGUUUGCUGUAAUUGAUAUUUAUUCUGAACGAGUUCUCUGCUCCCGUAGAGUGCUUUGUGUAAAUGAGUCCUGUAAACUUUCCUCCAUAAACAGCAAAACGACAUCUACACCAUUAUUAAGGCUGCAAGUAAACGAUCUUCCUCGUGCAUCUGUCUUAAAUGGAUCUUGGUUAAAGUUGUGUUUAUGGUUUUAAUUGGUUGUUUUUUGUUUUGUUUUUCUAAGUGACCUUUGUAACGCCUUAGAACACAAGGCAUGCAUUCAACAGCAGUAAAUACAUUUUGUAGCUUUGUUAACUGGCAAAUAAAUCAAGCUGAAAAAUACUUAAAGCUUUCCUUGUCACAUAAGGUUGCUGUGCACCAAUAGAUUCUUGCUGCCAUUUUAAAAAUGUGGUAUGACGCAAAACUCAGGGAAUCCUCUGAAAUAGAAGCUGUGUACCAGUAAUGGUGCACACUUUAUAGAGAGCUAAUGUUCACUUGCUUUCUUUUAUGCCUAAGGAUUGGAAUGGUUUUCUGACUAGUCUUCAGCCACACUCCAUGUUGGCAUCUCUACUUUCAACAACAGAAUUAUCAUUAAUGCCUUGAGUAGCAAAACGCAAUACAUUGUUCUCCAAGUUUAAUUGAAAAAGUGCAAUCGUAAUAAGUAAUCUUAGGUUUAAGUAUGAUGACUCGGAUGGAAAUUUCAUAUGUAUUGAAUUAUAAUGCACAAAGAUUGAGGUUUUUAAUAAUAGUCAAACAAAGCUUGAGCUGAUGAAUAAUCUUGACUUGUGUCAAGACUUUAAUUUAAAGAAAAAAAUCCUUCUAUGUUUCUUUCUUUUAUUAACUCAUUAUCUAGCUUAUGUGUUCUCAUAAGUUCUUAAAAUACAAUAUUUAAAAAGCCUAAGGAGGCUGCUGUAUUUUAAUAUUUACUGAUUUGCAUGCUGGGAGCCUUUGAACUCAGCCACUGAAGAUGCUGUCUGUGAUACAAAUAGUCAUCAUUAAAACAGUCCACUUUUGGAA